AAACAAUGCACCCAUGGAUCCCACAAUGCUCCGGGCAUAAUGGCUGCCGUCGUAAUCAUGUGGCGUCUAUGAAUUUUAUUUCAGGUGAGAAAGGUGAAAUCCUCGCCUUUUUUGCGUCUUCCGAGUGGAUCAUAUGACCAUGCUCUGACAAAAACUUAACGAAGGACAGGGUCUGACAGUCUUGGUCGUUUAUCGUGGCGUAGUUUGACUGCAAUCUGACCACGAAGCGCGGCGCACGUCGACUGACCCCCAAGAAGAAGAAAAGAAGAACGCGCGUGAGCUUGUAAGAUGUACCCAUCGUGGAACCAACAGCAGCCGUACGGCUCGCAGCAGGACAUGCACCCGUACCAGCACCAGUCGCAGAUGAACACCUACCAACAGCAGCUCUAUUGGCAGCACUACUACGCCUUGCAGCAGAACCAGCAGAGUGGCACCCAGCCACCGGCGUCUUCCGCCGCUACUCCCGGGGGCCAGAACCCCCCUCUGCCGUCCGAGACCGGUGAGAAGCCCCCCUUGCCGAGCGAGCCCCCGCCGCAAGACAACCCGCCUCUGCCAGGCAAUGCGACAGAGUCUGGCACAGCCAGCUCCGCGGAGGCAGCAAAGAUGACCCAGCUUGCCGAGCAGGCCCGCCAGUGGCAGGCCAUGAAACAGUGGCAGGAGUACCAGUACAGCAUGAUGCAGCAGACCAUGCAGCAGCAACAGGCCUGGAUCGUACAGCAACAACAGAACAUGCAACAACAGCAUGCCAUGCAGCAGAUGACCCCUGACCAGAUGGACAACGAGCUGGAGCGGCAGGCGGAACAGUUCCAGAAACAGUACGAGCAGUGGCAGAAGCAGUUCGAAGAUUGGAAGGAGCAGCAUAAAAACCACCCCAACCAGGAACAGUUCCUUCAGUACGAGCAGCAGUGGAAGCAGUGGCAGAAGCAGAUGGAGCAGAUGUGGGCUGCGCAGAAGGAGCAACUCCAGAGAGCGAAGGACAUGGCCCAACAACAACAGCAACAACAGCCUGUUAGCUCAGGCACAGCCUUCAGCCAAGCUGGAUCCAUGUCCACAGCCCCCUAUAGCCAGGCUGGCACCAUGUCUGGGCCCGGCUUCAGCCAGUCAGGACCGCCGUACAGUACGCAGACUGGGACUAUGUCUAACCAAACCGGAACUAUGUCGAACCAAACCGGUUCCAUUGCCGGCCCCCCACACAGCCAGACUCCAGGGACAAGCAUGCAAAACACCCCCUACAGCCAGACCGGGCCCAUGCAGGAGCCGGGUCAUCACCAGGGUUUCGGUCCCAGGGGACCAAGGUUUGAUGGGCCCAGAGGCCCGAGAUUCGACGGGCCACGAGGGCCACGAUUUGGGGGGCCAAGAGGCCCGGGAUAUGACAGCUCGUCUGGCCCCCAGUUCCGAGGCAGAGGUCCCAUGAUGGAGCAGAACCGAGCCAGGUUCGGGCCGCGGGGCGGUCAGCAGCAGCCCGGGAUGAGGGGGCCAAGGCCACUGAUGGACGACUAUGGUCCAGCUGGGAGGGGGGGCAUGUACGGUCAGAGACAAGAUCAACAAACAGGGCCAGGGGGUGGGGAGCAAGGCGGAGGACCCAUGGGCAGGGGGAGGGGCUUCUCACAGGAGUUUGGCAGAGGCAUGGGCCGUGGAGGUGGGGAAGUACAGGGAACUGGCCAGCUCUCAGGGCUCGGCAGUAAAGAGGACCUAGCAACUGGUGACUUCACUGAAAGCCAGGAUGCGACACAAGGGGCAGAGAUGGGCCAAGAGUAUGGUGAUAGUGCAGGUCAAAAGCCUGGCAUGGGUCGAGGCUUUGGUGGCCAGGGACAGGGUCCAGGCAUGGGUCAAGGCUUCGGCGGCCAGGGACAGGGUCCAGGCAUGGGUCGAGGCUUCGGCGGCCAAGGACAUGGGCCAGGAAUGGGUCGAGGCUUCGGUGGCCCAGGUCAAGGACAAGGAAUGGGACGUGGAAUGAGUGGCCCAGGACAGGGGCCAGACAAAGGUGACGGCUUUGGUGGCCCAGGGCAGCGGCCAGGCAUGGGCCGAGGCUUUGGCGGGCCAAACCAAGGGCCAGGAAUGGGUCGCGGCUUCGGCAACAACCUGGGUCCUUCGCAAGGACCUGGCAUGGAGGGGGGCUUCCCCAGAGGUCAAGGUUCAGGGCAGUUUGGCCCAGGAAGGGGUCGUGGGAGAGGGCAAGAGCCGGGCUUGCAGCAGGGCAGAGGUCCUGGAAUGGGACGGGGGUUCCAGCCGGACAGCCAAGGCAUGGGCAGAGGGUUCGGACAGCAGCAGGGAGACUUUGGACAAGGGAGAGGCCGGGGCUUUAACAUGUCUGAACAGAGCGAGGAAGAUGCCAAGAGACCGUCCUUACUGGGAGACAGUCCAGGCACAGGCCAGGCAAUAGAGGGCCAAGAAACAGGGGAGGAGGAAGGCCAAGAAAGUAGUCAAGUGACCAAGGAAUCUCUGGGCAUGGACGAAGACUUCAGAAAGAAUCAAGGCAUAGCGAUCGGACCUCGGGGACAGUCACCGAUGCAGAGGCCGCAGGGGCCCGGGUUCGGUCCAGCCGAGGGGCAGAGAUUCGGGCCCAGGGGGAGAGGGUUCAACCAAAUGGAGGGCGGACCACGCUUUGGUCCGAGAGGAGGUGGUUUCAACCAGGCAGAAGGACAAAGGUUCGGCCCCAGAGGCAGGGGCUUGGAUCAGAGCGAGGGCCCGAGAUUCGGUCCAAGAGGGAGAGGUUUCGAUCAGACCGAAGGGCCAAGGUUCGGCCCCAGAGGUAGAGGUUUCGACCAGUCUGAAGGUCCAAGAUUCGGUCCAAGGGGCCAGAACGUUGGUCAGAGAUUCGGGCAGAGAGGACGGGGCUUCAACCAGGCCGAGGGGACAAGGUACGGACCAAGAGGAGGCCUGGACCAGUUUGGUAGACCAAGAUUUGACCCAAGAAGCCAGGAAGGUUUUGGGCCCAGGAGCCUGAUGGAGAGCCAGGGUCCCAGAGGAAUGGGUCCUAACCAAGGCCCCAGGCCAGUGGGUCCAGGCUCCGCUGGCCAGGCUGAGGAGGUCAAACCAGCUCCAGCACAGGAGGGGCCGAAAGAUGUGGACAUGCGAACAAGCCGCGGCAAAGUAGACGAACCAAAAGCUUUAACAGACAAAGGCCCCGAAAAGAAGGGUCCUGACGUGAAAACGGAACAAGGGAAGAAACCGGAAGCGCCAAAGCAGGCUGGCGCGGCAUCUACUGCUCAGCCCUCCCAGGCUCCGGCAAAACCCCCCGCUCCCUCUCCCGCCAAGCCAACGGACAAGCGUGCACCUGAGCCAGACAAGUCGGGUUCUCAGCCUGGUAUGGCGAAGACAUCGACUACUCCAUCCAGCAGUUCUCAAGCCCCAACAGCAUCCACGUCCACCGUCUCGGGUGCAGUACAGACACCCCCUGCAAGGGGGAAGGCCAAGACAUCAGCCUCAGAAACGUCAGAAAAAGGAAUGGAAGGCAAGGAGGAAGAAAAAACGGAAGAUGGUACGCCAAAGUUCUCCCAGCGAGAGGCCGACCUGUUGGUGAAGGCUGCCAAGGACCUGAAGAUGAUCAGGCAAGCCCAGGAGCAGCUGAGGAGGCUGGAGGAGAUCUCUGCCCUCGGCAAAGUCACCACCGUCAUGUCCAAACACCUGAGGCCAGGGGCAAGCAGAGGCAUGGAGUCUACAGACAGCAAGGGACCCGGGCACCUCUCCACCACGGAAGGGGGAAUAAGCAGGGGAAAAGAUGCAGCGAGAGCAGGAGAGCUGGGUAGAGGGCCGGAAGCCAGCCUGGGUCAGGAACCGUCGCGUGGCCCGGAGAAUCUACACGAGGCUGCCGGAACCGAGCAGGACAUGGACUUGGAGUCGGAAAGAGCCAGCCAUUCCAGCCGGGGGUCCAACCAGGGGAGGGACCUGGGCGGGCUGGAGGGGGCCAGGGGGGGCCUCGGCGGGCCAGACGAGCCCAGGAGGGGCCGCGGCGGGCAGGAGGAGGCCAGGAUGGGGUACGAGGAGAGGUACAGGAGCUACAGAGGAGGGGAGGAGGCUGACUAUGGGGAACAGCCGUACCGUGGUUACCAGGAAGACUACUACGAGGAGGAGAGCGUCAGAGACCCGUACGGUAGAGACCCGUACCGUGGGCGUGAGCAGGCGUAUGGUGAAGAUCGUGACUUCGGGGAUCGGUACGAGGACCCGUACUACAGCAGAAGGGAGGAGUACAGGGAGGACUACCGGAGGGAGACUCCGUACUACGAGGACGACAGGCCAGGUGAGAAGUACAGAAGAGAAGAGCCCCUCCGGAGAGCAGAGGAGUACGGCUGGACGGAUGACUACAGGAGGGCCGAGGUGUACGGGCGCGGGGAGGACUACCCCAGGGGUCGCCUGGAGAGGGACAGGGAGCCCCAGCCCCCCGGGGUGGACGACGCUUACCUGUACGAGCGACACGCCUACUCAGAUGAUCAGUACAUGUUGGACAGACCUGCAGUUCGGGAAGACAGCCAGAGCCGUGGAUUAGCUGGCCGAGUGGUGGAGUCCAUCGAUUAUGGGCAUGGAGAAAAAGCGCCAGGAAAAGCAUUCAGCCAUCUGCUGACCACAUCCCCCGCAGAGGCGGCCAGCAAGUCGUCCUUCAGCCACCUCCUGUCGGCCUCCGCUGGUACUGCACCCGAGGCUCCCGCCACCAGCCAGGGCGGGCUGUUCGCCAGGUCAGGCAUGGUUGAGGAGAUAGACUACGGGCACGGGCAGCACGCUCCUCUCGGCCGAGAGGUCGGAACCGACACGUUCCUGCGAGAGCGCGGCGUCCUGGUCGGGCGGGCGGAGGAGGAUCGCUUGUCCGGUCGGGGACUGGAAGGCGUGCCGCGGGAGAGGUCUGUAUCUGUAUCGAUACAGUCGCGGGAACGGUCCAGGGAUCGAACGUCGUUAGAGGAGGGCAGCAGGCGGGGCAGGAGCAUCGAGGACGUGAGGCUUCCUCCUUCCCGAGAGCGGGAAGUUUCGCGGGAGAGGGACCGAGAGAGGAGCUGGGACAGGGACAGGGAGAGGAGCAGGGAUCGAGAGAGGGAUUUCGUGAGGGAGGGGGACUUACCCAGCCGUGCGCGGGAAAGGGACCUGCCCAGGGACGACAGAGAUCGAGCCAGAGGAUUGGAUGACCGCUAUGACCGGUCGCGCCGCCGGGAAGCUGACGACCUUGACCGGUACCGGCUGGGGAGGGAGCGCGACGCUGACCGGGACAGGCUCUACCCCGAGACGUCAUCGCUGUACCGAGACUACGAUCGUUUGCUCCCCCUCUCCCACCCACAUCACGCUACGAGAGAGAUCCCUACACUCGCGAGAGGGAACACUACUACGACCGGCCGCCAUACGAGAGAGGAGCGUACGGCGGUGGCCCCCCUCCCCCCGGCCCUUACGAUGUGCGAGACCCGUACGCGGCACCCCCGGGCCCCCCUCCCCAGCCGCCGCCCGAGGAGCCCAAACCUGAGACGGUGUCGGCUGAGGACAUCCUGAAGGAGCCGGGCCGCAAGACCAGACCCAAACAGCUUGUUGCAAUCCUACGAGGUCCUCCCGGGUGUGGCAAAACCCAUGUGGCAAGACUUAUCAAAGAGAAGGAGACAGAAGCCGGCGCCAGCGCACCUCGUAUCUUCUCGUUAGAUGACUACUUCAUGACAGAGGUGGAGAAGACAGAGAAAGACCCUGAGACGGGCAGGAGGGUCAAGACCAAGGUGCUAGAGUACGAGUAUGAACCAGAGAUGGAAGAGACUUACCGCGCCAGCAUGCUCAAGGCCUUCAAGAAGAACUUAGACAACGGGUUCUUCCCCUUCAUGAUCGUGGAUGCCGUCAACGACAAGGUCAAACACUUCCAGCCCUUCUGGAGCGCCGCCAAGAGCAAGGGCUUUGAGGUGUACCUAGUUGAGCUGACUGCAGAGCCGCACGCCUGUGCCAGGAAGAACACCCACAAAAGGACACUGAAAGACAUCACCAAGAUCCUGGACAGGUGGGAGUCGGCUCCUCGGCACAUGAUGAGGAUGGAUGUGCGGAUGCUGCUGCAGGAGGCUGCCAUUACAGAGGUAGAGAUGGAAGACUUUGAUGACAGCCAGGACUCCUCCCAAGGGGACCCCCAGCAGAGCGCAGGGGGUAAGGGUCCGGAGGAAGAGGAAGAUGUCGAAGAGGGGCAGGUCUUCUACGCCAAAAGCCGCUGGGAGAUGGACACUUCCGAGCACCAGCUAGACAAGCUGGACGGCAUCCGUCUCCAUAAGAAGUCAGCGGAGGAUCGUCGGCAGAGCAUGAGCGAAUUCCUGUCACUGGUGGACGAGUACAACAGGAACGUGCAACCUGGCAAGAAACAGGUGCGCUGGGCGGAUAUCGAGGAGCGCAUGACUCAGGAGAAGAAGCGAGCCAUGGGGUUCGUGGUGGGCCAGACCCAGGAGGACUGGGAGCGCAUGACCGGCGGAGAUUCGUACGCCGAGCGGGCGCUCAAGAGAACCAAGUUUUUCUGAUGCUGCAGUCGGAGAACGUGCUGAACGUUACAUUAGAGAGAGCAGUGUGUUCCAAAGCCAACACGUGACAGCCGACACCUGUCAGCGCAUCAUCUAAAGAAGAUGUAGAUACUGAAUGAACAAGCUAGAUGAAGUAUUCAACAAUUGUAUGAAAUGUGCAACAAAUACAUAGUAGUACAUAGUAUGGACUGCUGUUGCCUAAUCGACAAGGCGCUAUAGGC